AUGCCGAAAGUAAAGAGAAGUCGUCGCAAACCUCCGCCAGAUGGCUGGGAUCUCAUCGAACCGACACUCGAUGAGUUUGAUUUGAAGAUGAGAGAAGGCGAAGCGAAACCUCACGAAGGAAUGAGGAAGAUAGAAUCCCUCUGGCCUAUAUCCAGGGUACACUCGCAGAGAUCCAGGUACAUAUACGAUCUCUUCUACAGGAGGCGAGCCAUCUCCAGAGAGUUAUAUGAGUACUGCCUGAAAGAGAGGAUAGCCGACGCCAACCUGAUCGCCAAGUGGAAAAAGAUGGGCUACGAGAAGCUCUUCUGCCUCACUUGCAUUCAAACCCAGAAUACCAGUUUCCUCACGAACUGUAUCUGCAGAGUUCCGAAAUCAAAGCUGGAAGAGGGGAAGCAUAUUCAAUGUGUCAAUUGUGGCUGUCGCGGGUGCUCUGGAUGA